AUGCCUCAAUGUACUUCUGCUGCUGAUGCAUUGGUGACUCUUAUAUCUAAUAGGCGAAUGUUUUUCUUCCCUCUGCUGCAGGAUCAGCAGCAGCAGCAGCAGCAGCAGACUGCUGCUGCUGCUGAGCUUGGGCAGCAGCUGCAGCUGCUGCAGCUGUCCCAACGAUUAGAUGCACUGCAGCAAAAGGAGGAAGCAGAAUCCGAGGAGUAUAUGACUAUUCAGUGCCAGAGGCAGCAGCAGCAGCAGGCUAUGCUGCAUGCACUGCAGCAGCAAGAGCAGCAACAGCAGCAGCAGCAGCAAGAACUGCAGCAGCAAUUCUACAUGCCUGCUUGGUGUGAGGGCGUCGCCCUUUCUGAGGGAGUUGCUGCUGCAGACGCAGAGCUCUCUGCAGCAGCUGCUGCUGCUGCAGCAGAAGCAGCAGCAGCUGCUGCUGCAGCAGAAGAGGGAUCACCAACAGCCGCGGCAGCAGCAGCAGCAGCAGCAUCUGCAGCAGCAGCUGCUGCUGCUGCUGGAGAGGGAGCAGCAGCACUGCUGCCUAGUGUGCGCUCUCGUCUACUAGCAGACGCAAUUCUGAUUGCUGCUGGCAACAGCAGCAACCCCAACAACAGCAGCAGCAGCAGCAGCAACUGCAGCACCAACUGCAGCAGCAGCAGCAGCAGCAGCAGCGGGGCAGUAUUAAGUGCUGUAGGCAGCAGCAAUGUGCUGCCUGUAUUAAUAUCUAAGGAAGAAUUACCUGAGUUGCUGCUGCUGUCUCUCUUUUAUUUAACUGCUGUAUAG